UUCUCUCAUUUCCCCGUGUGGUCGGUCGGGCACGCAACCCCAAAUAAACCCAAGCCAAAACGGACCUCAAAGUCCAGCAUGUAGAGCUGCUCAAAAGCUGACACGGCGGCUAAAAGCCCCUUCUCUUCUCUCUUUUCCAGGACAAAAACACAUCAUUAUUUUUUUUAAAAUGAAAAAUUUCAUGUUCUUCACCUGUAAUUCCACAAGAAUAAAAUAAUCCCGUUCCGGGAAUAAAGCGAAGCAGAUUUCCUUCCUUCGUUUCCGACUUGCUCACGAGACGAGGAUUUCAUAAUUUUAGUUUAAUCUGAUUUGAUCUUUUUAGGGUUUGAAAUCGAGGGGUUUGGUGUGGAAUUUUUUCAUUGUUUUAGGGGGCGAUAUGGAAAUAGCGGUUACGGGUUCGAGCAGCGAAUCUUUGGCGAUGGAAGUUGGGGAGAUGAAGGGAAAAGUUGUGGAAGAGAAAGAUCAGGUUCGCGUUAAGAGGAAGACUUUGCAAGCUGUGCUGGAGCAGUGCCAGAGAACUCUCGAAUUGCUAAGUAACAAUGAAGGUGGAAUCGAUGAUGACGAUGACGAUGACGAUGAAGAUGAUGACGAUAAAGAUGACAUGGAUCCUCAAGGGGAAGUCAGCGGCGUCGGUCUUCGAAGAGAUCAAGAAGCCGACGAGUUGUGCGGUCUUCUCAAAUCUAGAGUUCAAUGCUCUGACUUCCUUGAAAAGCUAGAGUGUGCUCAGGUGCCAGUUCCAGAAAACAUUGCUGAAGAAGGUAGUUCUUGGGACAUGAUCAAUGAAAAUGAUCUUUGGGAAGGCGAAGAUGUUGAUUCGGAUCAAGAAGAUUAUGUUCUUGUUAGGCAGGAAGAUAUAGUAGAAGGCAUUGCAUGUUUUAUGGCUGCAUAUUUGCUGUCCCUUAAACAGACUAAGGAUUUGACCCCCAAUCAACUUCAGGAAGCGCUGAGCAAGACCUUCUCUGUAAAAAAGAAGAAGGGAAAACUUCGAAAAGCAUGGGAUGGAAGUAAAGUCAUAUAUAAUGUGGCGUCCUGGGGGGCAACUGCAAUUGGGAUAUACCAAAACCCUUUACUUCUCAGAGCUGCCUCUAAAGCCUUCUGGACUUCUUGUCAUGUUAUAUCAAAGCUUCUCUGAUUUGCUUGUGCUACUUGGAGAACAAAGUGUGAUAUUGGAAUUCACUCGUCGUAUUUAUGCUUUCAUAGCUGUCAAAUGCAGCUUGGUGUUUCGCAGGUUGUGUAACAUGAAAUACCAUUCUUUUUCGUGCUACAGAUCCAUUGAUCAAUCUCUCUUAAAUUUAACGGUGUAAAUAGGUUUUCUGGAAACAUUUCUGAUUGCAAUUCAAAUUCAUUGGCAUUGUUCUCCUUGUGACGGCUCAGCCUUAAAUCCCCUAACCCUUGCAGUCUGUGACCAGCAUAUAGGCAAAUGCCUUGGGUACUAAUGGAUAUCUGUAUAUGCUUUUGCGGUAUGUUGUUUGUCUAGAUGGACACUCUCGUUCUAUUAAUAUUUAGUAUUAUUUUUGCUUUUCAA